GGUUUCAGUCUGCUGGCCUCUGGAAUGGGCAGAUAUCACCAGCCCAUAUUUCACCAUUGAUUUAUUGCACGAACUCCACGGAGAGUCUGUAUUAUUCCCGUCGUCUACACGAUGCUAUGCGGAGGUAAGGUGAUGGAAGAGGCCAGCGGGAGGUUCUCAGAGCUGAUUCCAGUGGUGCUAUUUCCGCGGCUGUCAGGCUUUGUCCCUUCCUCUGUUCAGUAACAGCGCCCGUUCUCAUCCCGAAUCACCAUGAAACCAGUCCACGAGCGCAACCAGGAGUGCCUCCCUCCCAAAAAGCGGGACCUCCCUGUUAACAACAACAGCAACAACACCACCUCCACCAACAACAGCAGUAGCAUCAGCGGCGGAGCGGGAGGCAGCGCAAUUGGGAGUGGAGGUGAGGAUGGCCCGUCUUCACAAAGCUCUGGAGUGAGCGGAGAAGCCCAAAGUGGUAGUGGCGAGUGGGUGCGAGCCCAGCCGAGCGUGCAUUAUGGGGUGGAGGGUGCUGAGGGUCUCAUCGGGUUACCCAUGGAUCAGUACAGCAUGCUCUAUAAAGUAGCUUUGCCCGCUGGCACCUACUCACCUGUUCUUAGCCACAUUUCUCCUGCCUACAACGUUCCUUCCUCGGUGUUACAGCAUACCGGUGUUCCCUACCCUCCGCUCGGCUACACCCAGAUCCCGCACUCCUCCUUGCAGUUUGUUAGCUCUCCGUACGCGACUGCGGUUCCCUACGGCGUGCCUACGGGAUUUGUUCCCCAGUCGCACCUAAUUCCAUACCAAUCAGUGAUUCAGGAAGGCGUGGUCUCGUCCCAUCAGCAGCAGCAGGUCUCGACCCACGCGUACGCCAAAAUGACAGCGCCUCUGGUGCUCCGUCUGAGCAGGCGGCGACACAAGCGGCACUGGGGACCGUAG